UCCUGCCAGAAUCCAAACCGGUCAGCCUGCGGUCUGAGAACCCACCUUCUGUUAUCCAGCCUGGUGCCCCAUUGCCCGCUGUUCAGCCUGGUUACCCAGCCUGAUGAUCUGAUCCAGCCUGAUGUUACUACCCAGCCUGAUGUUCCUACCCAGCCUGAUGACCCGAUCCAGCCUGAUGACCCGAUCCAGCCAGAUGAAUCAGUGCCCGCUGUUCUGCCAGAUGACUCGGUGCCCGCUGUCGAGCUUGGUGACUCGGUGCCCGCUGUCGAGCUUGGUGACUCGGUGCCCGCUGUCAUGCCAGAUGACUCGGUGCCCGCUGUCGAGCUUGAUGACUCGGUGCCCGCUGUCGUGCCAGGUGACUCGGUGCCCGCUGUCGUGCCAGGUGAC